AUGGUGUCCUCAACAGCGGUCACUACUAAGGUGGCCUCCGGGUCCCCCUACCAACUCGAGAAGAGCCAGGUUUCCAAAGCUUCUUCUGCGCUUUUGCGACACAUCAAAUCGAAACAGGUUGAAAAGGAGAAGUCGGCGACCAAGAAGACUCUUAUUGGAGACAACGACGAGUCCGACGAUGAAACCCCACUCAACAACGAGGCUGUCUGGCUCGUGGUCACCACCAAGAAGCACGUUGUCGACAAGAACCGUCUGAAGCCCGGCAAGAUUACCGUCCCACACUCCUUGAAUGACUCUUCGAACCUUAGCGUCUGCCUCAUCACCGCCGACCCUCAGCGCUCGGUCAAGAACAUUGUUACCGAUCCUUCUUUCCCCGAACACCUUACUUCCCGAAUUGACCGGGUUAUCGGCUACUCCAAGUUGAAGGCCAGAUAUCAAAGCUUUGAGAGUCGGCGACAACUCCUGUCCGAGCACGAUGUCUUUCUGGCGGAUGACCGGAUCAUUUUGCGCUUGGUCAAUACCCUUGGAAAAAUCUUCUACAAGUCUAGCAAGCGGCCUAUUCCUAUUUCUAUCGCCAAGGUUGAGAAAAAAGAUGGCAAGAGGGUGAAGAAGGAUCCAAAGCAGAAGUCGAAGGAAGAAGAUAGUGCUUUCGCUUCCCCCGCCGUUGUCGCUAAGGAGAUCGAGAAGGCACUCCACUCCGCGCCUGUCCAGCUUGCUCCCGCCACUACCGCCUCCAUUCGCAUUGGUUCAUCCAAGUUUACCCCAGAGCAGCUGUCUGAGAACGUCGAUGCUGUUGUUCAGGGUUUAACUGAUAAGUUCAUUACGAAGGGCUGGAGGAACAUCAAGGCCCUUCACAUCAAGGGCGCCACUACUAUGGCCAUGCCGAUCUGGCUAGCCAAUGAAUUGUGGGUUGAGGAGGGUGAUGUGGCUGAAGACGUCGCGGAUGCUGAUGCGAAGGCACUCGAAGGCGCCAAGAAUAAGAAGCGCAAGCAGAAUGCAGAGGAUGAGAAGCUGCUGGAGGGCAAUAAGAAGUCCAAGAAACCCAAGGCUGCCGAUGAGGACGAGGACGCUGCUGCCAGGAAAGAGAAGCUUCAGAAGCAGAAGGCCAAGGCCCUGGAGGAUGGCAACGUUGCCAAGACGACAGAAUCCGCUACGAAAGGUGGAAAGAAGAAGAGAAAACAUUCGGCCCUUCGCGCCGCCCGCUCGCAACUCGCUCCGCGGGCCUUUAACCAGUCUGCACUCGCCCGCCUUCUCUCCACCUUGGCCGUCCUUGAACAGCGUGAUGGCAAGCUCCAGACCUCAUCUCUCUCCGCGAUUGCAGCUGCGCAGAAGCUAGGAGGGUCCGUCACUGCCUUCGUGGCUGGAAACGGCGUCAAGGGAACCUCGGCUGCGGAGGCAGCUAAAAUUAAGGGUCUGGAUAAGGUAGUGGCCGUGGACAGCGAGGCUUAUGAGAAGGGCCUGGCCGAGAACUACGCUCCUCUUCUCGUUGAGAACAUCAAGAAAGGCGAAUACACCCACAUCAUUGGCGGCCACUCCGCUUUCGGAAAGAGUCUUCUGCCUCGUGUGGCAGCUUUGCUGGAUGUUCAGCAGGUAUCCGAUAUCACCGGAAUUGAGAGCGAGGACACUUUCGUCCGCCCUAUCUACGCUGGAAACGCCAUCCUCACUGUUCAGUCGAGCGACCCCAUCAAGGUCCUCACCGUCAGAGGCACUGCUUUCCAGGGUGUUGAGACCGAGGGUGGCUCCGCGGAGGUCGUUGAGGGAGUUGACCCCAAGGCACCCGCCCAGACCGAGUGGGUUUCUGAGGAACUUGCCAAGUCUGAGCGCCCCGACCUGGGUACCGCAUCCCGUGUUGUGUCCGGUGGCCGUGGCUUGAAGUCGAAGGAGGAAUUCGACCGGGUGAUGGUGCCUUUGGCCGAUACGCUCGGAGCUGCCAUUGGCGCUUCCCGUGCCGCUGUUGACAGUGGCUUCGCUGAUAACAGUCUACAGGUUGGUCAGACGGGCAAGAAUGUUGCGCCUCAGCUGUAUCUCUGCGCUGGUAUCUCCGGUGCUAUCCAGCAUCUUGCUGGUAUGAAGGACAGCAAGGUUAUUGCUGCUAUCAACAAGGACCCCGAUGCUCCCAUCUUCCAGGUUGCAGAUGUCGGCCUUGUCGGCGAUCUUUUCGAGAAAGUACCUGAGUUGACCGAAAAGUUGAAGAGCCAGGCUUAG